CAAAAGUUUUUGUUAUUUACCGGACAUUGACGGAGAAAAUGUUUGACUCGAUGCCCAGGAAGUGGCCGACCCGGAGGACAGACACGUCGGACAACAUUGAACUGUUCAGUCGUGAAGACACUCUUGUGUUGAAUCCGAGACAAAGACAGACAAACCAUACAUUCGUGAACUGCUCUAUAUUUUCAAUCAUUUUACUCAUACUUAUAUCAGUUUCGGCCAUAUUUUUGAUUAAAUUCAGUUAUAACUCAAUUCAUGUGCAUCCCAUUGAACCACAAUAUGAUGACAGUUACAGUGAUAUCAUAUUUGACCCAAAUAAUGAGCGCAUUACCAGCCCUACCGGCGCUCAGUGUCGCAACAUUUCGCCAAACGCACGGUUCGACUGCAAUCCCGACGAACCAAUUAGUCAAGAGGUGUGCCAUAAAAGGGGCUGUUGUUGGACACAGACAACCGUCACCAUAAGUGCCAGUACUGGACAUGUAGUCAAUGCCAGUGCCCGCAAAACCCCACCACUAAGUGUGCCCUUAUGUUACUUUGGCUCCGAUUACGUCGGCUAUAGAGUGACAAACAUUGAGACAUAUCUCUAUCGGACAGUCGUUACCCUCGAGCGCACCCAACCCUCCGGUUUUAUAAGAGACGCGCCGACUGUUAAACUAGAGAUCAUUGAAAUCAACGAUUACUCCGUCAGGAUCAAACUGUACGAUCCGGAUGAGCGCCGAUACGAAGUGCCGAUACCUGUGCUCAAUGUCGUGCCACAGAAGACAAUCGACAGAUCCCUCUUCAAAGUGAAGAUCACCGCAAACGGCUUUCUCGUCGUUUCUCGUCGCCGUACGUCAGCGCCUGUAUUUCAAACAGAUCUCAAACGACUAGUAUUUUCCGAUCAAUUUCUUGAGCUUUCAUCAGAUCUGCCCAACGAUUAUGUCUACGGAAUCGGCGAACAUAAGGAUGGCUUCAGAAAGUCAGCCAAACAGUGGAAAAGAUAUACACUUUUCAAUAGAGAUCAAUAUCCCGUCCCAGACAUGAAUCUCUACUCCGCUCAACCAUUUUAUCUGUCCGUUGAGGACAUGAAUGGCAACAGUAAUGGUGUGUUUCUGUUCAACAGCAACGCAAUGGAUGUCAUAUUACAGCCCAAACCGGCCAUCACUUGGCGUACAAUCGGCGGUAUUCUUGACUUUUAUGUAUUUUUGGGGCCAACCCCUCAGGACGUCAUUCGACAGUACACUCAGUUAAUCGGUUUGCCAGCACUGCCUCCCUAUUGGGCGCUGGGGUUUCAUAUUUGUAGGUUCGGUUACAAAUCAUUAGAUAAUAUGCUGGCUGUGUUUAAUCGCACCCGAACCGCGCAAAUCCCGUACGAUGUCCAGUGGAAUGAUAUUGACGCCAUGAAUGCCAAUAAAGACUUCACUUACGACGAGAAAAACUUUGCAAAAUUACCGCAAUUUGUUCAGAAUUUGCACAAUAUUGGUAUGAAAUAUAUACCGAUGUUUGAUCCAGGUAUAUCUGCUUCUGAACCACGAGGCACUUACGCACCAUUUGAUAUGGGAAUGGAUUUGAACAUUUUCGUAAAGAACUCGACGGGACAGCCUUUUAUUGAUUUUACUGAUCCAAAGACCCAAAUCUAUUGGACGCAAAUGUUUGCCAAAUAUCAUAAGGAACUGGAGUUUGACGGCGCCUGGAUUGAUAUGAACGAGCCCUCAAACUUCUUGGACGGCUCUCAGUACGGCUGUCCACAGAAUCGUCUGGAGAGCCCGCAAUACACUCCCGGUGCCAACUCAGACCCGUUGCGGACUAAGACUCUGUGUAUGAAUUCGCGACAAUUCGCGGGUUUGCACUACGAUUUGCAUAAUUUGUAUGGUUUUAGUGAAGCCAUUGUCACUAAUCUUGCCUUUUAUACGGCCAGUAACCCUGCCCCUAUAUCAGCGACUGACCCUCAGGUACGCUACCUCAUAAGGAACAUUACCAUUCUGAACUUCAAUUUAUUUGGGAUACCUUUGGUGGGCGCCGACAUCUGCGGAUUCAAUGGCAACACAACUGAGGAGCUGUGCGCCCGGUGGUCAUCGUUGGGCGCUUUCUAUCCGUUCAGUCGUAACCAUAAUUCCGACGAUUGUGUAGAUCAGGAUCCGGUGUCUUUGGGACCCGUAGUGACCGCCGCCGCCAAACAGGCCCUCGAACUCCGGCCCACACCUCUGGAGAUACUGUGGUUCGGCCCCUAUUUUUCGAGUUCCCUACCGAUGCCACGAGCUAUGAAAUUGAGACUCAAUAGACAAAAACGACCCGUCAUUAUAUCGCGCUCAACGUUUGCCGGUCACGGAAAAUAUGCCGGUCAUUGGGACGGGGAUAUAGUCGCUGACUGGGAGUCCAUGCGAUGGAGUAUUCCUUCCAUUCUGAACUUCAAUUUAUUUGGGAUUCCUUUGGUGGGCGCCGACAUCUGCGGAUUCAAUGGCAACACAACUGAGGAGCUGUGCGCCCGGUGGUCAUCGUUGGGUGCUUUCUAUCCGUUCAGUCGUAACCAUAAUUCCGACGAUUGUGUAGAUCAGGAUCCGGUGUCUUUGGGACCCGUAGUGACCGCCGCAGCCAAACAGGCCCUCGAACUUCGUUAUGCACUUCUGCCUUAUUUUUAUACAUUAUUCUUCAGGGCCCACACCUCUGGAGAUACUGUGGUUCGGCCCCUAUUUUUCGAGUUCCCUACCGAUGCCACGAGCUAUGAAAUUGAGACUCAA